AUGCGCACUGUGGUGACAUGGAGCGACAUUGCGCCCGAACGCGAUGGCGUUAGAAGCGUGUGCUACGACAUCGCGUUUAGCCCCGACGGGACGAAGCUCGUCACCGGUGUAGGCAGCCGCGUUCUCGUGUACGACGCUGCCGACGGCAACCUCUUGCACUCGCUCAAGGCGCACAAAGACGCGGUUUACUGCGUAUCGUACAGCCGCGAUGGGAAGAAGUUCGCGUCCGGGGGAGCGGACAGGACGAUAAUCAUCUGGUCGUCCAAAGCCGAGGGCGUCCUGAAGUACACGCACAACGAAUCCAUCCAGGCGCUGGCGUACAAUCCAACUUCAGCGCACCUCGCGUCCGCGACCGCGGUCGACUUCGGCCUCUGGGCCCCAGAUCAGAAAGCCGUCGUGAAGCACAAGGUGUCCGCGAAGAUUCUGAGCUUAGCGUGGACGAAUGACGGGCAAUACCUCGCGCUCGGGCAGUUCGACGGCGUCGUGUCCGUCAGAGAUCGAUCUGGUGGGGAGAAAAUGAAGAUCAAACUCGGUGCCCCGGUGUGGACGCUGGCGUGGAACCCGAACCGGGACGAACCCCACGACGUUCUCGCGUGCGGGUGCUGGGACGAGUCGCUUUCGUUUUACCAACUCAACGGAACCCAGGUCGGAAAGGACAUCGCGCUUGAUUACGAUCCGUGCACGGUCAGAUACUUCAGCAACGGCGAAUACAUGGUGACGGGAGGGACGAAUCGUAAGGUGACGCUCGCGACGAAGGAGGGAACGCCGCUGAAAGACGUGUGCGUGGCGGGGUCGUGGGUGUGGUGCGCGGCGCCACGGCCGAAACAAAAUUACGUCGCCGUCGGGUGCGAAGAUGGCUCGAUCACGAUGCACCAGCUGAUAUUCAGCACCGUGCACGGAUUAUACAGGGACCGAUACGCGUACAGGGACUAUAUGACGGACGUCAUCAUUCAACAUCUCGUGACGGAGCAAAAGUUGCGAAUUAAGUGCAAAGACUACGUCAAGAGAAUAUCCGUGUACAAGGAAACGCUCGCGGUGCAGCUUCCCAAGGAGGUUAUUAUUUACGAUCUUCUGGAAGCGGACUCAUACGAGAUGCAGUACCGCGAGAAGACGAGAAUCAUGCGGAACUUGGAGUGCAACUUGCUCGUCGUGACGUCCCACCACAUCGUCCUGUGCCUCGAAAAGAAGCUACAGCUCUAUGAUUUCGAAGGCAAGCUCGAGCGCGAGUGGACGAUGGAAUCGGUGAUCAGGUACAUCAAAGUCGUAGGCGGACCAGACAAGGGGGAGGGCAUCCUUGUGGGCUUGAAGAGCGGCGUCGUCUUCCGAAUAUUCAUCAACAACUCGCACCCUGUUCAGCUCAUCGAGCACGGCGUCUCGAUCCGGUGCCUGGACCAGUCGUUCAUGCGACAAAAGCUCGCCGUCGUAGACGACAACUCCGAGGUGACAGUGUACGACCUCGAGACAAAAAAGUCUAUUUUCACGGAUACAGACGCGAACAGCGUCUCGUUCAACAGCGAGUUCGAGGAGAUGUUGUGUUACUCCGGAAACGGGCAGCUAUCGAUAAAAACAGGCGACUUUCCCGUGCACAGACAGAAACUCGAGGGCUUCGUCGUGGGGUUCAAGGCGUCGAAAAUAUUUUGUCUGCAUUACGUGAGCAUGCAGACUAUAGACGUGCCGCAGUCAAUGAGCAUGUGGAACUACGUGAAGGUAAAUAAUUUUGACAUGGCACACUCGGUGGCGUGUCUUGGCGUGACGGAGAAGGACUGGAGCGAUCUUGGUUUCGCGGCAUUGUUUGGGAUGAACUUGGCCAUCGCGCGAAAGGCCUUCAUUCGUGUUCGAGACUUGAAAUACCUGGAACUCAUUGAUAAAUGUGAGGAAGGGGUUAAGAAUGGGGAUCCAUCCGAGAUGUACCUCGCUGAGGCGUUGGCGUAUCAAGGUAAGUUUCACGAGGCUGCGAAGAUGUUCGCGAAGGCGAAUCGCGUGGACAAAGCAAUGGAGAUGUUCUCUGACCUUCGUCAAUUUGACGAGGCAAAAAAAUGGGCUGAGGAGUACGCGCACACGAAGGGCGGGGACAGCACCCUCGUCCAGGAGUUUGUUCACAGGCAAGCGGAGUGGGCGGAGGAGGUUUCUGACUACGCCGCGGCGGCGACGAUGUACAUUCAGGCCAAGAAAUUUGACAAAGCCAUAGACCUCAUCGCGAAGAACGGCUGGAAGGAUAAACUCGUUGAGGUGACGAGAGCGUUGGGUGCGUCGGAUGUCAAGCACUUGAAGUUGUGCGCGAUGCACUUCGCGCAAUGGGGGGAUCAUGUCCACGCUAGGGACGUGUACACUAAGUUAGGUGACGACGAGGGCUUGCUGUCGCUCCUCGUGGAUGCGGAGCAGUGGGAAGAAGCGUUCAUUAUGCUCCAGCAACACCCGCAGCACGUCGAGAAGGUGUACCUGCCGUACGCGCGUUGGCUCGCGGAGAACGACAGGUUCGACGAAGCCCGUUUGGCGUACGCUAAGGCGGGUCGAUCUGAUGCGGCGACGCGGAUGCUCGAACAGUUAACACACAACGCGGUGUUAGAGCGGCGAUUUCAGGACGCCGGGCACUGCUACUGGCUCAUGUCGCGGGAGAUCGUGUCAGAGCUCCCGAACGACCCCAGGGCGCUCCUCUCAGACGAGGACGAGGCGAAAUUGGAUCGCUUCGAAGAAUUCAAAGACCGUGCUGAGAUGUACUACGCGUACGACUUCAUAUACCGCGCUAUGGACGAACCUUUCCGCUCGUCUUUGCCGUCCACAUUGCUGAACAUCGGGCAAUUUCUCCUUUCAAAGUUUGCAACGCGUGACGAGAUGCCGCUCGGGAUCAGCCUCGCCUACGUCCUCAAUACCCUCGCGAAGCACGGGGACGCGCUCGGGGCAUACAAGCUCGCGAGGUUCGCGUACAACAAGCUUCAAGGACUGAAGAUACCAGCCUCAUGGCAGGCACAGGUCGAUUUAGCGUGCAUCGUAUCGCGAUCGAAGCCGUUAACAGACGCGGAUGACCUUUUGCCGAUGUGCUAUCGUUGCAGCGCUACAAACCCGCUUGUAUCUGGUAAAGGCGACGUGUGCGUCAGCUGCGGAGGUUGUUUCGUUCGUUCGUUCGUCACUUUUGAGCACUUGCCCAUGGUGGAGUUUGAAAUAUCGGACGACAUCACCCCGAAAGAGGCGCGCAGGUUGAUACGCGAGGAACCGCCGGAACGAGGCGGCGCCGCGUCCGCGCGUCGUGCAUACAACGUUGGAGGGGAUGAGCAGUUCACGUUCGAAGAUGGUCCAGGAGCUGAGCGCGGCAUCCUCGGAGGUAACGACGCAUUCGCGCAGGUGAUGUCGAUGCCAAACGUGCCUAUAGUUUGCGAUCGGGUCAUGCUGCGUAACCUGUCGCCAAACGAGGUCGUCGUGAAACCUUCCGGCUGCGCGCUGAUCCGGCCGCGGUAUUUCCGCCUGAUGGACACGGAGUCACCGGUCACGGUCGACGAAAACGGGUGCUUUUACGAGGCGGACGAAUACGAGCUUGCGUGUCUCGAGUUUGGACGUACACCUUUCACGCGGCUGGCGGUUAAUGUGGGCGACGAGGUGGCGAGUGCGGUGGAGCCCGAAACGCCACCGCAGCGAACGAGCUCGUCGAAGUGGGGGACUGCGAGAGGCGCGAAGACCGUUGGCUCCCUCGACUUCGCUGGAAACUAG